AUGAAGAUCUCCGCUGCCUCUGCCUCUGUGCUGCUCGCCGCCAUCGCCCCAGCGGUCGUUGGACAAUGGAUCCCUCCAGGGACUCUUGCACUGAUUGGCAUUACCACCAGUACUGGCACUCAAUUUACCGCUCCAGGCUUGAAGGCUUGCGAGGAAAGCCCAUUCGGAGUGCCAUUCAAUGCAAAAGAAAUCGAUAUUAAAAGCACAGGAGCCCCCGCCAAAUGCACCUUCUAUUCCGAAGGAGGAUGUAAAGGUCAGCACUACACGCUGAAGGACGGUUUCCAUCCUCUUAGACAUGACUUGGUGGUUGGCAGCUUCAACUGUGCUCUUGCCUAG